AUGGCGACGCUGCAGAAGCCGUCCUCGCGCCUGAACCGACUUUCCGCCUUCCUCCCAACCCUCCUGACGACCCACGAAGCUAAGCGUUCCAAAGACAGCGAGUUCGAGAACAAGAAAGUCCUGCGCAAAUCAAAGUCCCAGCUGGCCCUCCCUCUCGUCGUCGACAAGGAGCUCGGCCCGCCCUCGAGACGGGCGUCGGUAGCACCUCCCCAGCGCGAGACCCGAAGCCCGGCGGCCACCCCCAAGAAGCUGCAGAAGCGGCAGUCGCAGCCCCAGCUACAGCUACCGCCGCUGCCGCCGCCGCCGCCGCCGCCGCCGCCCCCGUCCGAUUCACCCAUACAGGCCCGGCGCCCGAGAGAUGCGUCGCUGAGCCCACCCAGUCUGGACCCCGAGUACCGAGAGAGACCCAAGACAAGCUCGUUGCUGCUGCCCAGCCCGGACCAGCGCCGCUCCGUCUCGUCGCCGUUGACCCGGAGGCCGGCUUCGACUCACCUCUCCGUGAGCGAACAUGAGGGGAAACAGCAGAAGCGGAGGAGUUGGAUGCCGGGACCCAGGUCGAAACCGUCGAAAUCGUCGCAGGAUCUCGAGCCGAUGCCGCCCCGUGCCUGGGUCCUGGCAGGAGGCAACCAGAUCGACUAUAGUCUCCACUGCUUGCUGGAAGGGGAGAGGAUACCAGAAUUGUGGGAUGAGAGCCCCGAGGCGAACAUGUUCGUAUAUCUGCACCCCAAGUCCUCCGGUCGAGGCCCGCAGGUCAAAUGCCGCUCGGUGGUGGUCCAAUGCUCGCAGCCCCUCCUGGAUAUCAUCUACGACAAUACCGCGAACAGUGCUGCCGAGAGCGCCGGAUCGCGACAUGCAAGUCUCGACGACCGGCCGAGUCUGACCGGCGAGGAUGCAACGCGCCACUUGGCGAUGCAAGGUCUGGAAUCUCCCCUGGACACGCCCCAGGGCCGAUCAGACAACGUGCCCGGCGUGGACGAGUCCGGGGGCGGGUUCAGCCACUCGUACGCCGACGCACCCCGCGACCUGCACCUCUAUUACCCGGUAGAGUUGUCGUCCGCGGGUCCCCAAUGGUCGGCUCAGGAUGUGCAGAAGCUUGUCGACGCCCGGAACCUGUUUGCGUUUUUCAACGGCCAGCCGCUGAUCUCGACGCCAACCGCUCCUUCCCUUUUCAAUAUCUUCACUGCCAUCGGGGACGCUCUCAAGCGCUUCGAAUUCUACAGCCAGGAUGGGACGGGCUACGGAGAGGAGGUCGAUUCGAGUUUCGCUUCCUACCUGGCGGAGAUGCGACUGGGGGAUGUUCGUCUGAGCAGAGAGAAGACAAUCGAGGGGCUACUUCUCGGAGAACGAAUGAGGUGUUCACCACUCUACAACGAAUCAUUUGCGCACGCCGUCGGCAAAUUCGAAUCGAUCAAGGGCCUCAACCUGUCCAUUUACCGCGAGCUCUCCCCAACCACCCAGCUGCAGCUGCAGACCUCGUCACGGGACCUCGCCCGAACCCAAGACGCCAUCAACAUCCGCCUCACGGAUUUCGAAUUCCCUUCCAUAUUCUCGGGCAUCGGAUCAUCUUCCUCGAUGGACGAAGCCAAGGUCGUCCGCUUCAAGAUGUGGAAGAUGCAUUUCCUCGCCAUGCGGAAGCACGUGAUCACGUUCUACCGGGACAAAUACGGCCAGUGGCCCCCGAAAGCCAACAGCAAGAAGAACAACUUCAAUGUGGGUGGCCUCAACCGCCUGGUCCUGAAGCUCCUCUAUGCCGACCUCUGUGCGCUCUACGACCUGCUCGUCGACCGCACCGCCCUCACCACGCGGGGGGUGCUCGAAUCGGAAGAUCGCGACGGUGGUCUAUCCGUCACCCCCCAAGCCGCGGCCCUCCGAAAGCUGCUGGCUGAGUACGACCGCGCCUCCCCGCCCGUCCAACCGCCCAUCCCCUUCGACACCCCGCUCGUCGCCACCAUGGCCGCGCUCGACCCGCGCUACAACACCCUGUCCCCCAAAGACCAACACAAACUCGCCCAUCGCCGCCUCAAACCCCACGAGCUCGGCCUGCUGCAAGAGCGGACCCACAACCAAGACGUCAACCUCAAGACCCCCUUCGUGCAAGCCUUCCGCGAAUUCGAGCUCAGGGAAGGGAAGGGCAAAUCGGCCGCCGAGUUCCAGGAGCAGCGCUUCGGCUAUUGGAUCUUCCUGUACGCCGUCAUCCAGUGCCUCCCGAUGCUGGUGACCGACGCCCCGAACCUGAAGUAUACGGAAGGCGUCGAGCACUUCCUGUGCCAGAUGCCCGUCAACACCAAACCGUGGGUCGAGGACGGCGGCCGCGUCACCAAAGCCUGGUACGGGGUCGCCGGCGGCGCCGGCAUGGUCAACCUCCCCAGCCACAUGGUCGAGUUCUCCGUCGAGGCCGUGUACUCGCGGUCCCACUGCUGGAAGCUGGCCGAGUCGCUCGUGGGCGCCGACGUCAGCCCCGCCGUCGACGACGACCCCUACGCCUACUUCGGCAUGGAAGACGGCCACAUGAGCCCGCUGCAGCCGCCCCCGGGCUUCGGCGGCGACGAUCCCCGGCCCACGAGUCGGGGGCGCGACCGGAGCAGCAGCUCGGGCCAGCCGGCCCCGAUGCGCUCGCGCCCCGGGAGCGGGCAGUCGCUGAACCGCCGGAGCGUCGUGCUGGGGCUCGAACGGCUGCCGGCUGCCUUCGACCUGGACGAGAGCGAUUGGCCGGGCAGCCGGCCGCUGAGCAGAGCGAGCUUCGGUGGGCGCACGGCCACGUUUGAUGAUAUCCUGGGGAGUAUGGACAGCGGUGCGAAGGACGAGGAGAAGGGGAAGAAGAAGAAGGCUGAGGAUAAGAAGAAGGCCGAGGACAAGAAGAAGGCUGAGGACAAGAAGAAGGGGAAGAAGAAGAGCUUUUUCUAA